AUGAGUCGCAGCAACAUUGAGCCAUGUCAAAAUUGCGAAGUACUAAAACUGCAGCUAGAGUUAAAAGAGAGUGUCAUAAAGACCAAAGACGAGAAAAUUUCGCUUCUUUCCGAUUCACUUAUACAGACCCAAAGGGAGCUUAUUGCUGCAAAAGAAGAGGCUUUGAGGGAGUAUAGGAAGCUUCAGCAAUUGAAUUCCAAUCUUGGUGCUGCAAAUACUUCUCAAAAAUCAAAAAUCAAUGGAAAUCCAAAUGGGCAUAAAAACACCAAUAUCAAUAACUUUAAUGAUCUCUUAAGUUCGUCCUCUGCAUUCGACAGACAAAACAACCUUUUGGAAAAGGAGCAAUAUUCUGUGGAACCUUCGAAUAGUUCGGAUGCAGAUUGGGUCAGUGGAAGCAAUGAAAUUUUGUUUAGAGAAAAUCGAGCUUAUAUCGGACACGUAACGGAAGACAUCACCAGAGCUAAAUUGAGACGCUCACUCGAGGAUAAAUUUGGGCAAUCAUACGAACGUGCAAUUGAGGAAGGAUCUCUUUUCAUAGAUGGAAACGAUUUGGGUAUUGAAGAGCCGAGGAAACGUAAUAAUGAAGGUGAAAUCGCUUCACGUGAUUACCCUUCGGCCAACAUUAAUUUAUCUCCCAGCAUUAACCCUAAUUCUAAUUUGGGCCAAGCGACAUCUGACGUAAGAAGCGAUCCGAGAAAACCUACACAAGAACGUUCUUCUUCGUCCCCUCUAUCAAACCAAUUUUUUGAUUCAGAUUUGUCAGGAGUCGAAGAUGAAGAGGAGAAAUUAUUGUUAAAACAAGCUUUGUUGAUGUCAUUGGAGACAAAUAUAAAACUUCAAAACCACCUUGAAACCGAAACGCACCAUAGUUUCAUUUGGCAGUAUAGUAUCAUUUCUGGUGAUCUUUCUUUACCUUAUGAUUCACUUCACUCACUUUAUUCUUUUCCAUUUAGAUUCGCGGUAUAUAUGGAAAUCAUAGGAGAAGGACUCCAACGACUAGUCGAUCCACUUUCAUACACGAUAAUUAUAAAAACGGGAAUGAUUCUUGCAAUUAUGGUCGGAAUCGUUACAAUCAUGAAAUAUUUUCUAUGUAGUGGUAGAAUAAGAGAAAGAAGUUAUUUUCGCGCAAAGGUUGACGAGAAGGCUAAACGGCUCGAUAAUGAUACUGUUCUUCCGUCUUUGGGCUUGGGAUUCAAGGAUAGCGGGAGUGGUAUUGGAUAA